AUGCAAACCGAGUCGGCUUCUUCAGCAGGCAAACGGCUGGAAUGCUUGUUUCCCUUCCGCACUGACAGUGUAUCCGCAAAGCGUUGUGCGGACAGAUCCUGCAACAUAUUAGCAGUUCCAUUCCCUAGGGCCGCCUCCUCGAAAUCGUCUUCAGCAGACCCAGCAGAUGAUGUUGUGUCUACUCUUGCUGCAGUCUGGCACUCUGCUCUUUGCGAGUACGCAGAGCCCGAGGCCGUGCUGUUUGGGGUACACGACCACCUCACGUCGUCGUGCACUCGCCUUCGAAAAUGCGACAUGAAACUAUAUUCUUGUCCAAACAUCAGAGCCGAUGACCAAUGGUCUGUUAGCAAUGUCAGCCCGUUCCAGUACUCCCAGUUCAACACAGCAAUUGUCGUUUAUCAGGACGCAAGUGCGAACGGGGAUGCGAGGCCGAGUCAAGAGCAAUUGGCACAGCAGCUUCUCGGCAGCCAGACAGACAGUGAUGAUGAACAGGAUUGUGACAUUGUGUUGGUUUACCUGCCGGCCACGCGGAAACUUCUUCUUGUAUAUAGAGAGACUUUGAUCUCACACGGGCAAGCGAGCCAUCUGGCCUUGUUUCUGGCUGAUUCAUUGAGUACCAUGAACACCAACCUGGCGCCGGGGCACCGACGAGAUAACCGUCUGCAGCUUGCGCAGCUUGAGCAGUGGACUGCCAGUGCCCUGACGCAGCCAGACUUUCCAACCAUGCACCAAGUGAUCCACCGCAUUGCACAGGCCUCGCCGAGCCAACUCGCAGUGGAAGGCCCCGAUGAUAGCUUCACCUACGCCGAGCUGGAUGCAGCGUCCUCGCGGGUGGCCGCUCAUCUGGAACGAUAUGGGGUGCAGCCGGGCAAGUUCAUCCCAGUCUGUUUCAACAAAUCCGCAUGGGCAAUCGUGGCCAUGCUCGCCAUCAACAAGGCCGGGGCCGCAUUCGUCACCCUCGAUGCCUCGCAGCCCAUGGCACGUCUGAAGUCGAUUGUCGGCCAGUUGGGCCUCCCUCCGGUCGCAUUGGUCUCGCAGAGAACAAGGGCCGUCCUCGAUGAACUGGCAGUGCCCACCCUGACCAUUUCCGCAAACACCGUGUCCCUCAUGCCUGAUCCACAGGGCUUUCAGCCCGCCUGGACCCCGUGGCAUCCAUGGCCACAUACCCCUGCUGUCCCGGCGUACUGCUUCUUCACCUCCGGCAGCACCGGCGAGCCCAAGGGGUGCGUUGUCGACCAUGCAGCUUUAUCCAGUGUGUCUACGCACUGUGACGCCCUGCAUCUGAACUCGUCAAGCCGCGCGCUGCAAUUCGCCUCGUUCAGCUUCGGCGUCUCUCUCAUCGAGAUCUGGUGCACCCUUUCUGCCGGUGGGUGCAUUUGCAUGCCCUCGGACUCACAGCGUGUCGACUCCCUCGCCGACGCAAUUGAAUCGCUGAAGAUCAACUGGGCGUUCACCACGCCAACUGUCCUUGCAACACUCCAUCCCGACAGUGUCCCAAGCCUGCGACGCAUCAUAGUCGCCGGAGAGCCACUCAAGCGAGCACAGAUAUCGCAAUGGACAUCCCGGGUGAGCUUGCACCAGGGCUUUGGCUUCACCGAGUGGGCCGGGGUCUGCUGCGUGUCUCCGCAGAUUCAAUCAAUUGAAGAUGCGAACCUCAUCGGUGCCCCUGCCAACGCGCGCGCCUGGCUUGUUCAGCCCAACGAUCCGCUUAAACUGGCGGCCAUUGGUGCGGUUGCGGAAUUGGUCGUGCAGGGACCCAGUCUGGCCAGGGGGUACCUAAACAAACCUAACGCGACCGCGGAGAAGUUCCUCGCAAGCACCGGCUGGAGCGAGAAGCUAGGCUUCGGUAUUGAGGACGGGCCCUUCUAUCGAACCGGCGAUCUGGUCUACUAUGGCUCGGACGGGCUGCUUCGCUACGUCAGUCGGCGGGAUCUGCAGGUCAAGAUCAGAGGGCAGCGGGUGAAUCUGGGCGAGCCCGAGUAUUAUAUCACGCAGGCAGAUCCGAGGUUCCAGAAAGCAGUUCUUGAAGCGAUUAUCCCGGCUGAUGGAGAUGGGGAUGCCGUUUUAGUGGCAUUUGUGCCGGUUCGGCGUACUGAGAAUGGUACGUUCAACGGACAUGCCAAUGGCACGAAGGCUCUGGUCAACGGACAUGGACAGCUGUUUGUCAGAGCCGACGACGACUUUGUUGCAGCUGCAAAGAAGAUCAAAGACAAGAUGAAGCAGGAGCUUCCAGACGCGAUGCUUCCUUCCGUCUUCGUCCAGAUCCAGGACUUGCCGCUGACCGUCAGCCGGAAGGUCGACCGACGCACUCUCCGCGAGGAAGCUGGCAAACUGCGAAACCAAGAGCUGCAUGAACUGGCUGGGACUGCGCCCACUCUGGGAAAUGGGGUGUUUGUCGUGGCGCCAGAAGGGAAGAAGGAGCGUCUAAUCCGCGGGCUCGUUGCAGACGCCCUCGGCCUCCGUGCAGACCAUGUGGCCAUGGACCACGACUUCUUUGCGCUGGGAGGUGACUCGGUCAAGGCGAUGCGGAUUGUCGGGCUGGCACGCGCUGUGGGCGUUCGGCUGACGGUGAAAGAUCUGUUUGCGCAUCCCCAGCUGAGUGAUCUGGCAGCGACCAUCCCAGAUCCCCCGGGCGACGCUCCCGCGAGAAAUGGCCGUGUUUCAGACGAGCAACCAGUCCCAGAACCGUACUCACUCCUUGAUCCGGCAAUCAAAGCCACGCUGAUAUCCACGGCAGUGGCUGCUUGCCAAGUGCAAGAGGGCCAGAUCGAGGAUGUUUAUCCGUGCUCGCCGCUCCAAGAGGGCAUGAUGGCGCUGUCUGCUGCCAGACCUGGGGCGUAUGUGGCACGCUUUGUCUACAGGCUUAACCCGCAUGUACAAGCCAGCGCUUGGGCUCGAGCAUGGGCGAGCGUGGUGCGGGCGUGUCCAAUUCUACGGACGAGGAUCGUUUCCGCCCCUGAUGGGAAGCUGUACCAGGCUGUCAUCAAAGACUGCGACGAUGACUCUAUCAGUGAGCACCGAGACUGGAAUGCCUACGUCGAGGAGCGUCAGACGGCGCCACUUGUCCUCCUUGGACAGCGACUUACCCACGCUACCUUUCUUACAGGUGCAGUGCCCCAAGAUGCACCAACGAUUGAGAACGGUGCUGCCCCGACGUACUUCAUAGUCAUGAUGCACCACGCUGCCUGCGAUCGCUGGGCCUCUAGCCGGGUAAUGGAGCUCGUCGAGAGGGCAUACGCCUGGGAAGCACUGCCAUCUAUGCCGAUGACCCCUUUCGUCCGAUAUCUGCAGCAGCAAGUCGGCAGCGACGCCAUCAGGAAGUACUGGAAAGACACCUUGGACGACCUCCAGGCCGAAGUCUUCCCUGCACUGCCAUCCCCAGGCUACGCCCCUGCCCCGUCUGACGAGUUUCACCUAUCAAUCCAAUAUCCAAAAGAUACCACGGCGAGUAAACACACCAUGACCACGAUCCUGCGCCUCGCAUGGGCCCUCGUCAUCAGCCACUAUACGUGCUCCAAUGAUGUCGUGUUCGGUCUCACCGUCUCCGGGCGCGCCGCACCAGUCGAAGGCAUAGACAAGAUGACUGCUCCUGGUGUGGCCACUGUCCCUUUCCGAGUCCGUCUAGACCCGUCCCAGACAGUGGCCGGUGCACUCUCAUCCGUACAGGCUCAAUCCAGCGAGAUGAUUCCCUUUGAGCAGUUUGGGCUGCAGAACAUCCGCAGGCUGAGUGACUCGGCUGCCGAUGCGUGCAACUAUCAAAGUCACCUCGUGGUUCAGCCGUCGUGGGACGACGAAGAGCGCCCCCUCGCGACGACCCUCGAAGCCGCGCCUGCCAUCAAAGGGGGCUUUGCCAGCUGCAUUCUUUCCGUCGUCUGCAGCCUGACCACAUCGAACCAUAUCAAGGUAUCCACUGAGUUUGACCCUGCAGCCAUCUCGAACUUACAAGUCGAGAGAACAAUGCGCCAUUUUGAGCAGGUCGUUCAGUUCCUUCUGGCCCAUCCGUCUCAAGCAAUACGAGACGUCCCACUGCUCAGCCCGAUGGAUACGCAGACCUUGAUCGAUUGGAACUUCAGAGAGCACGCUUUGGUCUCACACGACGAAUGCGUGCAUGAAAUCAUUGAGCGGCGCUGCGCCGCCCAACCGGGCCGGACAGCAGUCUGCGCCUGGGAUGGGGCGUUCACAUAUGCAGAGCUCGACGGUCUAUCCAGCUGCCUAGCAGCUAAGCUGAGGGCAGAGCACAGCGUCUUCCCAGAGACUCUCGUGCCCAUCUGCAUGGAAAAGUCCCGCUGGACAACGGUGGCGAUUCUGGGCGUGGUCAAGGCCGGCGGUGCUUUUGUUCUUCUCGAUGCGUCUCAGCCCCAGCAGCGACUCAAGCACAUUUGCGCUCAGAUUCGUGCCAGGUUUAUUCUGACCUCGGCCAGCCAGCUUCACCUCGCCCGAGAGCUGGCUUUCUCUGCUGUUGUGAUCAACGAGCAAUACUAUCGUCAGGUCUCCCCAAUCCCCCAACCGGCGAUAGGGCCUCAGACGACACCUCAGUCUGCACUCUACGUCGUCUUCACCUCUGGAUCCACCGGUACUCCCAAGGGAGUCAUCGUCGAGCACCACUCCUUCUGCUGUAGCGCAAUUGGCCUGAAUAAGGCAACCUCCGUCAAUUUUGAAUGCCGCCUCCUGCAGUUUGCCAGCUACUCCUUCGAUGGAAGUAUCAUGGAGAUUCUAAGCACACUCAUGGCUGGUGCGUGCCUAUGCGUACCUUCAGACUUCCAGCGCCAGAACGAGCUCGCCUCGGCGGCCAGGGAGUAUAACCUCACCCACGCGCAUCUCACCCCGUCCCUUGCCCGCCAUCUCCUGUGCAGCAACCCUACAUUCACCAGAACGCUUGUCAGCGUUGGAGAGCCGUUAUCAUCCGCUGAUCUAGCGUCCUGGGCCGCCAACAACCCAUACUGCCGUGUGAUAAACGGGUACGGUCCCUCUGAAGCAGCUGUAUCGACCACGCUCCAGCUUCAUGUCACGCCGCACUCCGAUCCACGCAACAUCGGGUUCCCACUCCAGGGCAUCUCCUGCUGGGUCGUGCAUCCCGAAGACCCAGACAUCCUCCUUCCCCUCGGUGCAGUUGGCGAGCUGCUCAUUGAAGGCCCUACUGUUGCCCGUGGAUACCUCAGAAACGCCAAACAAUCAGCCGCGGCGUUCAUAACUUCUCCCCCGUCCUGGCUGAAGAAGUUCCGCCCGGAUGGAGCCUUCUCGAAGAUAUACAGAACUGGCGAUCUGGUACAGUACGCUCCUGACGGAUCCCUGCAGUAUGUGGGCCGCCAGGACGCGCAGGUGAAGCUGCGAGGGCAGCGGAUCGAGCUGGGAGAGGUCGAGAACAAGAUCUCCGAAUGCUGGUCUGAAGCUCGAGAUGGUGGUGUCGCUGUCGAGGUGGCCAGCAUCGCGCGCAGUUCCACCUCGUCCCCGGCCCAAACCCUCAUUGCUUUCGUUGUUGAUGGUCCAAGGACAAGCAGGACGUCUGAUGAGAGUAUCCUGGCAGUGCCAUCGCCGCAAUUCAGGGCGCAAGUUUCCGCCGUCCUUGCUCGCCUCCGUGAGAUAUUGCCCGCUUUUAUGGUUCCUGAGAUUGUGCUGCCCCUCAGCAGUCUACCGCAGAGUGCAACUGGCAAGCUCAACCGUCGCCGUCUGCGCGCCAUAGCACAAGACUGCUCCCCAGAACAGUUGGCCUUGUAUCGUGGUGAAGAGACAAUAGCAAGCAAGAAAGCACCGGCUACCGACGCAGAGCACAAGAUGCAGGCGAUAUGGGCGCAGGUCCUGAAUAUCCCGGUCGAUGACAUUGGAGUUGAGGAUAACUUCUAUCACCUCGGGGGUGACUCUAUCACGGCCAUGCAGAUCGUGGCUCAUGCAAGAACCCAGGGCCUGUCGGUAUCCCUGGACUUGAUCAUGCGGCACAAGUCUAUAGGACAGAUCCUGGCGCAUACCCAACAUGAUCCUUCCAUGGACUGGGCCAACAGGCAUAUCGAAGACGAGACUGAGGUCUGGUUUGCCCUCUCGCCCAUCCAGCAGAUGUUCCUUGAUCAGCAGCCUGCAGGGACCGACUUGAAUCGCUUCACGCAAACAUUCCUGCUGCGGCUCAAGGAAGCCGUGCCGCUGGAUCAAGUGCAGGAAGCAGUGCGGACUCUGUUGUCUAGACACUCCAUGCUACGGGCUGUCUUUGCUCGCCAGCCGGACGACGGUCGCUGGAUGCAGAUGGUCCGAAACGAGCAGCAGGCUGCCGAAUGCCGGUGUCAAGCCCAGACGGUUGAGACGCUGGCUGGAAUACAAGACGCUCUCCCUGGUAGCAUUGCGGCCAUCGACCUUGAAAAUGGCCCUCUUCUAUCCGUUGCUCUGAUCAAUGUCCGCGAAGACCGCUCCCAGCACCUCUUCCUGGCGAUCCACCAUCUCGCCGUCGAUCUGGUCUCAUGGCGGACCAUGCUGGCUGAGCUUAAUGCACUGCUGCGUGGAGGAAGCCUGCCUCAGCACACUGGUCUCUCCUUCCAAAGAUGGUGUGCUUGUCAAGCCCAGUAUGCUGCACGGUCUCUGCCGCCAAAGGUCGCCCUUCCCGCUGAGCUUCCGGAGACGUAUCAUCGAGACCCAACUCCCUACUGGCUCGAGACAGCCGAGGUCAACAAGAUGGGGUCUACACAGAUGCAGACCUUCUCGCUCGACGAACCAAUCACGCAGGGACUACUAGGGCAAGCAGCCAAUGCCACGUUCAACACCCGUCCUGCGGAGCUCCUUCACGCCGCCCUCCUCCAUUCCUUUUUGCAGGCCUUCCCAGCCCGGUCUGCGCCUCUCACAUUCACCGAAGGCCAUGGUCGAGAGCCAUGGAGCCCCCGCAUCGACAUCGAGCAGACCGUCGGCUGGUUCACCUCCGCAUGGCCGGUUGUCGUUCCUGAACUGCGCCAGCACAGCCACAAAACGUUCGCCGACGUCGUCCGAUACGUCCAGCACGCCUAUCGGGCUAUCCCUGGCAGGGGCUGGGCGUACUUUGCUUCACGGUACCUGCACCCCUCCGGCCGGCGGCACUUCGAGCACCCGCAUCCCAUGGAGGUGGUCUUCAACUACGCCGGCGAAUUCCAGCAGCUCGAGCGUGCCGACAGUCUUUUCAUAAGCGACUCCCAUGAGACGCAAGGAGCCCUGGUAUCUGGUCCUGAAAUCCGGCGGCUGGGCAUUUUCGAGAUCUUCGCGUCGGUCGUGCGAGGCCAGCUUCGUUUCCAGUUUGUUUAUCCAAGCGCCGUCAAAGACUCCCACCAGGCUGCUAUCACCGAGUGGGUGCAUUUGUGUCAACAGACUCUCCAUUCCGCUGUGUCCCAACUGGCUGCAGCACGCGAGGCCUCGGCCACAGUGCACUCAGCUCAGGCCUGGACGGUAUCCGACUUUCCCCUGCUGGCUCACUUUACAUAUGAACAACUACAAGAGCUCCUGGAGACAACCCUCCCAGCGGUAGGAGUCCCAUUGAAGAACGUGGAAGACAUUUAUCCCUGCUCGCCCAGCCAGCGUGGGAUGCUCAUCGCGCAGGCUAAGAACCCUGGCAACUACAACGCCAGCGUGACCUGGGAAAUCACCAUCGCAGCCAGCGACAAACUGCCGGACCCAGAGCGAGUAUACAAUGCCUGUGCGCUGGUGAUCGAACGACAUGCCGCGCUACGCACCGUCUUCGUGGCCAGCCCCAGACCAGAAGCGUAUAUGGAGCAGGUCGUGUUGAAACCCGGCUGCAUCCCGCUGGACGAUGUGAUUGUGCAAACGACGGCACCAGAGCCUCGCGAUGAUUACCAAGCGGGGCAACUGAUGUAUCGGUUCAACCUGUGCAGGCUCGAAAAGGAUGCCAACGGCGCACACGCCGGUGCCAUUCGUCUCCGCCUGGAUAUCAGCCACGCCAUCAUGGACCGUACUACGAUGCGGAUCAUCGAGCGCGAUCUGUGCCUGGCAUAUGAGAACCAGCUGCCCUUGGUCGAAAAGCCGCUGUAUAGCGCGUACAUUGCCCACAUCUACACCCAGGAUGGCGAAGCCGCUACGGCUCACUGGAAGGAGCGGCUCCAUGCAAUCGACCCGUGUGAGUUUCCACGACUCCGGUUGGAUCGAGCAGGUUUUGUAGGAGUAGGCGGCGAGAAUGAAUGGGGGUAUCUCUCUCGCGACCUGGUCGACGACAAGAAGGACAUCUCGAGCUUCUGUUGCAAGCACAACGUCACGCCGUGGAACCUGGCCGCGCUGGCGUGGGCGCUUGUGCUCCGGGUCUACACCCACUCGGACAGCGUGUGCUUUGGCUACAUCAAGUCCGGCAGGGACCUUCCCAUCGAUGGGAUCCAGGAUGCCGUCGGUGCGAUAUUGAAUCCCCUGGUGUGCAGGGUCUUGUUGGACGAAGGGUCGACGGUGUCUGAGACGGUUCGUCGUCUGCAGGAGCAGUACCUCGAGGACAUCCAGCAUCAGUGCCUGCCACUGUCCGAAGCACAUCAACUGGCGGGAGUCGGGAAUGGGGUGCUCUUUAAUACGUCUGUUCAUGCUGACACUGCGCUCGACGAAGUGCCCAGUGCCGGGGUCCUGAAGUUGACGACGGUGCAGAAGACGGACGGGGCUGAAGAUGAUCUCGUCGUGUCCCUUACAGCCCACCGGGACACCAAUCCAGCGACACUCAGCCUGCGCUACAAGACGAGCAUGCUAUCCGAGCAGCAGGCCACAAGCGUGCUGGCAGCAUUCGAAAAGGCCGUCUGUUCACUCAUCGCGGCGGAUGAGAGCGCUUCCAUCACCGCGCUGGAUCUAUACAGUGACGACGACAGGCAGAAUCCCUGGGGCAACAGCCAGACCCUCCCUCCAGCCGUACCCUCUUGCGUCCACGAGCUUAUUCAAAAGCACUGCAUCGAGCGCCCACGAGCCCAGGCCGUCUGUGACACCGUAGCCUCCCUCACAUACGCGCAACUCGACAGCCUCUCCGCAUCGCUGGCGCACCAUCUCUACUCCCAGUACGCGCUCAAGCCCAACGAGGCCAUCCCCAUCGCCAUGGACAAAACCAUCUGGACACCGGUCGCAAUGCUCGCGGUUCUCCGGGCCGGCGGCGCAAUCCUCCUCCUGGACCCAUCGUACCCAUUCACGCGCAAGCGGGAAGUCUGCGAGGACGUGCAGGCCCGCGUGGUCAUCAGCUCGCCCAACCACACUCGCAUCAGCCAGCGCCUGGCAAAGCAUGUCGUCGUCGUCGGGUACGGCCAUAGCUCCGCAUGGGACCAGGGUCAGUCGGCAUCCAGUCUGCAGAGCGCCCUGCCCCAUGUCCACUCGAGCAGUGCGGUCUACGUGGUGUCUACCUCCGGCUCAACCGGGAAACCAAAAACCCUAGUCAUUGAGCACGAGUCUUAUGCCACUGCCGCGCAGGCUCACAUUGCAGCUACCGGGCUGGGUCGGUCUACGCGCACGGCGCAGUUCGCAUCGUAUGCAUUUGAUGCUGCGGUGCUGGAGCAGCUGAGCACGCUGAUAGCAGGCGGCUGCAUCUGCGUGUUGACAGACGAGCAGAACAAGAACAGCUUCGGCAAGACAGCCAGUGAGCUCGAGGCCAACUUCGUCAUGCUUGUCCCAUCCGUCGCCCGUCUGUACAAGCCGGCCGACCUGCCGAGCAUCGAGAAGAUCAUGCUGAUCGGCGAGCCCGUUGCCGAGACGGACAUUGCGACCUGGGCAGGCCAUGUGCAGCUGAGCAACGGCUACGGACCAGCAGAGUGUUCUGCUCUAUCGCUUGUCCAGCCGUCCAUGUCUGCGCUGGAUCCGAGGAAUGUUGGAUUCCCCGUUGGCUGCGCGGUUUGGCUCGUUGAUCCGACAGACCACGGCCGACUCGUGCCUCAGGGAGCGGUCGGGGAGGUCUUGAUCGAGGGAGCGAUUGUUGGCCGGGGAUAUGCCAAUAAUCCUGAGGCCAUGGAGCGAGCAUUUAUCGAGGCGCCGGCGUGGCUGCGUCAGCUGCGGUCAUGCGAGCAACCCGAUAAGCGGAUUCGUCUCUACAAGACUGGAGAUCUCGGCCGGCUUCAUGACGACGGGUCGCUUAUUAUCCUCGGGCGCAAGGAUCGUCAGGUCAAAGUGCGCGGCCAGCGCCUGGAACUCGCAGAAGUCGAGAUGCAGGUGCAGCGCAGUCUACAAGGGUACGCGGACGAUGUGGUGGCCGAAAUCAUCCACCCAUUAGGAUCAACAAAGCCGCAGCUUCUCGCAUUUAUCUACGUGCACGACAUGGCAGAGCAGGAUGAAGAUGCUACAGUGACCUCGCGGCAUGAUGUGCUGUGGCCGCCGACCAAGGGGUUUGCUGCGCGCGUGGCUGCGGCCGAGGUCAAGCUGCGCCAGACUCUGCCGCGAUAUAUGAUACCGACGGUGUGUUUGCCGCUGGUGCAUAUGCUUCGCACGUACUCUGGCAAGGUGGACCGGACACGUCUGCGCCGUCUGGCGGGUUCUAUGCCCCUGGAUGCGCUGCUCCAGUACCGUGCCCUAGAAAGCAGUGUCCGCUCUGGGAAACCGCCGUCCAGUACGGGAGAGCGCACCCUCGCACGAAUCUGGGCAGACGUCCUGGACGUCCCACUCGACAGCGUCUUCGGGGACGAUAGCUUCUUCCUCCGCGGGGGGCAUUCCAUCGAUGCCAUGAAGGCGGCUGCCCUUGCCCGAGCAGCUGGCAUGUCGCUGAGCGUGGCGGACAUGUUUGCGCACCCCACGCUCUCGGACAUGGCCUCGGUAAGUGAGAGCUCUCUGCCCAACGCAUCAAGAGUUGCAGAUGGUAGUGAGACCUUCGCGCCGUUCUCCUUAGCGUUAGCUUUGGGUGUAAACCCUCAAGACGUCCACGCCCAGUUGGCUGCCGCGGGCAAGAUCCCCCCCAGCUGUGCACUGCAAGACCUUCUUCCCACCACGCAGGCUCAAGAUUUCUUCAUCGAGCGUGGGACCUGCCACUCGUUCAACUUUACCAUCAAGGGCUCAUCCCUCGACCGGGCUCGUCUCCGCGGCGCCUGUCAGGCCGUGCUGGCUCGCCACGGCAUCCUCCGCACCUGCUUCGUCCAGGCCAACGGCCGUGCGUUCCAAGCUGUGCUUGAGAAGACGCUGGACGUGCAGAUCUGCGAGCAACAGUGCCCAGAAGACGACGAUCCGCUCGAGUUCUGCAAGACGCUCUGGUCUCGCUCGGGCCCGGCCCUCGACGUCAUGGCAGGGGCGCCCCCAGUGCGACUGACCCUUGUCUCGCACCCCAGCGGCUCCCUUACCGUCCUGACCAUCCAGAUCUCCCACGCUCAAUGGGACGGUGUCUCGAUCCCCGGUCUCUAUGCUGACCUGGCCGCCUGCUACAAUCAGAAACAGCUGCCCCCGACCCGCGAUUUCGCGGACUACGCUUACCACAUUCUUUCCGGGCCUGGUCCAGACAAGACCAAGCAAACUUCCCUCCAGUUCUGGCGCGAAUAUCUCGACCAAGCGGUCAUGGCUCACCCAUUUCCCCGUGCCCUUGGUGAUGAGCUAGAAGUGGAAGUCGAACCAACCAUGCCCGAACCGACCCCGACACCAACACCCCACGGAGCAGGAGCAGUCCUGCGCCACGGGCAAACCAACUGGGCCUUCCAGUCCAUCAGCCCACCCCCGUCUCUCCCGUCAGGCAUCACAAUGGCCACGCUCGUCAAAGCCGCCAGCGCCUUCUUCCUGUCCCGACACCUCAACACCCACGACGUCGUCUUCGGCCACACCGUCAACGGCCGCAACCUCGCCCUCCCACACAUCGAGUCCCUGCUAGGCUGCUGCCUGAACUUCAUCCCCCUUCGCGUGACACUCCCACACUCCCUAAGCGCCUGGACAAUCCACGACCUCCUCCACCACACACAGACGCAGUACACGCGCGCCCUGCCGCACGAGCACAUCGAGCUGCGCGACAUCCGCGCCCACACAGCGGCCACGACCGCCUGGCCUGCAGAUACCGAACCCCUCAGCUUCAUCGUGCAGCACCAGAACAUCGACCUCGGCUAUACGCUCCCGCUGGAGGGCGAGACCGGCCAGCUCGAGGUGCAGUGGAGCCGGUUCGCGCAGUUCGAGCCCAAGGAUGAGGUGUGGGUGUUUACGGAGCCGCAUGCCGAUCGCCUGGAGGUUCAGGUUGCGGCGAACCGCGGCGUUUUGGGCCUCGAGAGGGCGGCGAGGAUUGCGGAGCGGUUGUGUGCGCUUGUUCGGUUCUUUGCGAGGGAUCCGGGGGUGAGGUUGGGGGAUGUUGAGGUUGAUGUUGAUGUUGAUGGGGUUGAGGCCAGGUAA